AUAACUUUAGCGCAGCGAAGCACAAAACUGCAGCAUGUCGAAGGCUUCCGGUUCUGAAGAGGAGCCGCUGGUGCCAGAUGAUUUCGAUGAUGAUUUCUACCGAGAGCUGGGCGAGAAGAUACCAGAGGCAACGAAGGCUUUGCGGCAAAAGGACACGCCCAAUAAUGCUGACAAUGUGCAACGGCUGCUCAUCUGUGGCACACGCUACAAGAAUGAUCUACGCCUAGAGCGGGAGCGGGUGCAGGAGCUGCAAAAGUCAAUCGAGACGCUCGAGGGGCGCCUGGAGAAUGCCGCGCGAGUGAGUAAAAUGGACAUGGCCACCAUCGAGGAGCUGCGUGGGGUUAUAGAGGGUGCGUGGAAGCAGAAGGAUGCCGCACAGAUCCGCGAACAAUCCGCACAGGAUGAGGUGCUGAGUUUGCGCGAGAAACUGGACGAGUCCGAGCAAAUGGUGGCCCAUCUCAAUGAGAAACGUUUGGCCAUGAGCAAGCGUGACGAUGGCAAAGAACGGGAGCGACUCACCGCCGAAAUAAACGAACUGAACAAGCGCCUGCAGAUGCAGCGCUCCUGCACAGCCGAGCUGGAUAACACCAUAGAGGGGCUGGAGGCGAAGAACAAGGAAUUGGUCAAGCUGCUGGAUGAAACCUCCACCGAUGCCUGCAAUCUGAAGCGCAAGAGCGAUGCUCUGGCCAAGGAGCUGGCCACCAUGAAGAGCGAUGAGACCAAAUACCAGGAACAAAUCUCGCACAUGAAGUCCGCCAAUGAGCAUCUGACCAAAGUCAAGGUCCGUCAGAAUCUGCAGAUUCUGUCGCUGAAGACAAACCUCGAGCACCUCAAUACCCAGCACAAUGCGACGAGCAAUAAGCUGGCCAAACUCACCGUGGAUCUGGAGUACACGGUGCAGGAGCGGGACAAGAACAAGCGGGCGCUGAAUCAGCGCAUCAAUCUGCUAAAGGUGCGCGAGGAUGAGCUGAUCAAAGUGCGGCAGGACAAUGGCAAGCUGGCCAAGUCGCAGGAAACAAUUGCACGCAAAUACGCUGGGUUGGAUGAGGCCAAGCGGGAGGUGGAAGAAGAGAAUAUACGGCUGAAAACACAGCUGGGCACACAGGACAAGGAGCUGGAGUCGAUGCGUCGCGUGGUGCAUCACUUUGAGAAGAACAACGAGAACUUGACCAAGGAGCGGGACAUUUUGCGCAGAGACCUGCAGGCGGAGCACCAGCAGCUGGAGCAGGUGAGCGCGCAGCAUCAGGAGUCACAGCAUGAGGUGCGCGCACUCACCGACACCAUCAGCAGCAUGGACAUCAGGCUGAAGAAACUCAACGAGGAUGCCAACAAGUUGAAGAAGGAGAAGACCAAGAAGCUGGAUGAGAUACAGCACUGGAUUGACAAGCUCGAUGCGCUGCAGAAUGAAAUGCGCUUAAAGGAGAACUACGAAAUCGAGCUGAAGCGCACCAUUAGCGAUCUGGAGGCCAAGUGCUCCAAGUUUCAGCAGCAGCACGAUGUUCUGGCCAACGAGCGGCAGAGUUUGCAGCGAAAUCUCCAACUGGCCGACGAUGAACGCCAGAAGCUGCGCGACCAGCUGGUCAAUCUGCAGUCGCACAUCGAGAAGCUCAAGGGCAAGAUCUCGUAUCGGGAUGGGGAGCUGAACAAGCUGCAGCUGCAGAUCGAUCGCAUGGAGAAGGAGCGCCGAAUGCUGCGCAACGAGGUGCGACAGGCGCAGCUGGGGCAGCAGCACACCAAGGCCGAGCUGCUGGACAAGCGCAAGGAGAACGAUCGCCAAGCCAAGUCGCUGCAGGAGGACGAGCAGCGUUUGGCGCGCCUGCGCAAGGAUGUGGACAACCUGAUGAACGAGAAGAAUGCCAUCAGUUCGGCGCUGACCAAGCGCAACGAGGAGUACGAUCGACUGAAGCACACGCUGGAAAACCUACAGACAGUCUACGACCAGACGGAGCGCCAGUGCAGCCAGUGCCAGGACGAUAUGCGGCUGAUGGGUGUGGAGAUCAAGAAUCUGCGAACCGAACGCGAUGUGCUGCGUGCCGAUCGCGAGAGUGCCGCCGAUUUGCGGCAGGAGCUGCUUCAAAUGCAUCGCAUGCUCAAUCAGGAGCGCAUCAAGGCGCGUGCGCUGCAGGACGAGAUGGUCACCCCCAUGAAUGUGCAUCGCUGGCGCCUGCUCAGCGGCAAGGAUCCCGAGAAGAUGGAUCUACUCGAACGCAUACGCAUCCUACGCAAGCAGCUGCUCUCCCAAAAUGUGGCCGCGCUGGAGCAUGAGCGUGCGCUCAACGAGGCGCAGCAGCUGCAUGCGGCGCUGAAAGAGUUUAUGCUGAAGCUGCCCAGCCACAAGGUGCGAGCGGAGCUGAACAGCGUGAAGGCCUGCCUUUCAGCCAAGGAGCGUAAGCUGCGGGUACUCAAGGCAGAGCUGACUGUCAAGGAGGCGGACGAGAAGUCCAAUGUCGUGAAGCUGGAGGAAAUGCGCAUGAACCUAGCGCUGACCAAGACCCAGCUGCUGGAGGAGAAGAAAUGCAAGCAAAAGCUGCUGGAGGAACGUCAACUCUUAGAGCAAAUGCAGGCCCACUGCUACUCGGCACCCCCGCAGCUGCCACGUACCCUCGGAGCGGGCUUCAAGAUGGUCACCACAUUGCUUUAAUCAUGAGCACAAA